AUGCACGGCCUGCUGGCCCUCUCAGCCCUGCAUUACGCCUAUCUCCACCCUCAAGAGCAGAAGAAAUGGGACAUCAUCUCAGUACACCACCAAAGCAUCGCGCUCCGCUUUUUCGCCCUCCGCCUGAGUGCGAUCAACAAGGAUAACUGCGAGGCAUACUUUUGGUUAGCAACACUCAUUUACCUCGUCAGUAUGUGCUGCGUCGCCCAUAACGAACGACUGGGCAGGUCAGUCUCGCUCAAUGAAGUUUCGCAAUCGUUCAUGCUCCUCCAUGGUGUCAGAGGCAUACUCAGCUACCAACCCAUUGAGGUUUGGAGGGAACAUGGCGGGCCUCUGGGUUCGCUACUGCGGACUCCAGUUUUGUCGCGGCGUGAUUACUUGUCGUUACCAUUCCAGAAGCGUCUCGACGCCGUAACCGUCUUGGCGCGGGAAGUUCCUGCAAUGUUCUCCGAGGUGAUCAAUCCGCAGUCGGUUUGCGUGUUGGCGGUCGAGUCAAUGCGGAGGGUACACCAGUUAUGUAAGAGCAAUGAUGAGAAUCCUAGCGGCCCGUGGGGAUGGCCAAGCUCUCUGCCUCCCAUGUUCAUUGAAAUGAUUGGCAACCGACACCCAACUGCGCUUGUCAUUCUGGCGCACUACCUUGCGUUGACAAGACCAUAUGAGCAGGGGAACUGGCUCUUCAGAGGGUGGAGCGCUACUGUGAUGGGCCUUGUAGACGAAGCCCUAGACAAUAACUGGCAGCCCUGGAUUCACUGGCCAAAGCGGAGCGUGAUGGAGAGGAUUAAUAUUGACGAUAUGGAGGGCUGA